GAGUGGCUGCCAUCCCGUCGUGCGCGCCGGCCGCUGCAGGAAGGGGCAGCCCUUGCGCGCAUCCUCGUGAAGCGCGAAGGAGCCGAGGAGUCGUUGCGAACGACUGGUGUAGCCACCAGAGGCUGCUAUCUCCACCAGAGGCUGUAGACCAUGGGCAGAGGCGAAGGGAAGGGCGAGGGCUUCUUCUCCAAGGCCAAAGAGACGGCGAACAAGGCGGCCGCCGCCGUUGGCCAGGCCGCGGCGUCGGUCGAGGCCGCCGCGAAGAGCGGCGCCGAGGCCGUGCAACGAGCCGGCGAGACCGCGGGCCAGGCCGCGACCGAGGCCGCCCGUAAGACAACGGAGGCCGCCCGGAAGACGACGGAGGCCGCGCGCACCUCUAGUAGAAGAGGGAGCCGGCGGACGCCGCCGUCGUCGCGGCCGUCGAGCCGCGCGAGCAGUCCUCCUACAUCAAGACCCGCGAGCCGGGCGAGCAGUCGCGGUUCUCGAAGGAACGCCCUCGUGGCCGCCCCGGCGCCGGCCCUGGAAAUCUUCCACCCGCUCUUCCCGCCCGGGGAAAAGCCCUCCCUGAAAGGAUAUGAAAGACUGGUCCACACGAAGCAGACGGAGAUCGACCUCGUGAUGACCGAGAACGCGCAGCUGCGCCUCGCCAUGGACCGUUUAGAAAGGGAACUGACCACGUUAGCGGAGGCGUUGCAAGAGAAGGACAAAGAAGUAAGGAAGAUGCAGAUCAGUAUUGAUGAUCGCGACCACGAAAUACGACAACUGAGCGUGGUCCGGAGCCAGUCCGAGGGCAAGGACGAGGCCAUGAAGAUCGCUGCUAGACAAAAUAGGGAGAUUUUGCGAAUCCUGCAGGAGGCCAACCUCAAGGCCCAGACGCUGGCCGAGGAGAACGCUAGGUUAAAGGGCGAGCUGCAGAGAGAAUACGUCUUCGGGGAAAGAAGAAUGAGAAGAUCCACGCAGCAGAACGAGCGACUCCGACGCGCGCUGGAGGGCGCGCAGAAGGAGAUCACGGUCAAUGUCCUGGCCAAAAUGUCAGCUACGGAACUGUCGAAGACUGCCGUCGCGGAGAGGGAAGAGAUGCGUAAACGCACAGAUGCCGAGAUGGAGGCCCACCAGGACGAGCUCAAUGAACGGCGCCAGCGCCAGUACGUCUUGACCUCGCAGUUGCUAGACGCUAAAGAUCAAGCGUACCGGCUGGAGAAUCAGUUCGAGUCACUGGUGGAGCAACGGAACGACGAGACCGAAAGGGCCGAGGAGCUGGAAGCUAGGCUCGAGAACGCCGUCGCUGAUUUGGAAGACACGGAGACGGCGCUGGAGCAGACCCAUAGCGCCCACGCUGCCGACGUCGCCGCGCGCGCCGUUGUGGAAAAUCAAGUCAAAGCCACGAACACGCGGAGCGAGGCGUUGCAGGCCGCGCUGCAGUCCGCGGUCGCGGAACGAAGACGAGUACGCGAAUGGCACCAAAAGGCCCGCGACGACGCCGCCGCCGCGAACGCGACGGCGCAAGCGGCCGAGGCCGCGGCCAAGCGAAGCCUCGCGAGACAUGUGGACACUUUGACGGACGUGAGGAAGCAGAAGGCGGAGAAGAGAGCGCUACAGGGCCAGUUGGAUCGGACGCGUCUGGUGCUGGGCCGGACGCGUCAUAAAUUAACGGCGACGCUGAACCACCCCCCGGCGAUGCACAAAGCCUCGGGCGUCACCAAAGAGCGGCGGCGACGGCGGCGCCCUGUCGACGAGCAGCCCUCCGUGCGGCGCCCGGCCGACGAGCAGCCCUCCUGGCGGUCUUCCGCGACGGCCCCGUCGCGGCAUCCCUUGGCGGCGGGAUCUUCUGUCCUUACUGUGCCGUCGACUUAUGCGCCGGCGCCGGCGCCGGCGCCUGCGUAAGAUUAUUGUGAAC